AUGAAGAUCCCUACUAUUGCUUCUACGCUUCUUAGUCUUUCUGUGCUUGUGGCAGCGCAUCCAGGCCAGAGUAAGGCUGAGAUGAAACGGGAGGCAGCAGAACGUAGUGCCUAUCUGAGCACACACAAACGUUCGCUGGCUCAUUGCGCAGAUCAACUGAAGGCAAGGGGUAAUGAUGUUGCUAUGCAAAAUCGCCGUCGCUCUUUGGUUGAGAAGGCACGCCAGAAAAGGUCAAUUAUGAAGCCAUAUCUCCAAGUCCGGGAUCUUGAUACUGUCCUUGCUAAGGACCACAAGUCCAAUCUCACUGGUGUCACCCCUGAUACGGACCCGUCACUUCUCUUCUCAGGCAAUAACAGCUGCAUUCUUACGCCUGAGGUUACCGAAGGUCCCUACUGGGUUUCUGGUGAACUCGUUCGCCAGAAUAUAACCGAGAACGAGCAGGGAGUGCCACUGAUCCUCGACAUUCAGGUUAUCGACAUCGAAACUUGUGAACCUGUACCUAAGGUCUAUCUCGAGGCAUGGCAUUGUAAUUCUACUGGUGUAUAUUCUGGCGUCGUUGCAAACGGUAACGGCAACUCUGCUGAUACGGCUAAUCUUGACGCGACCUUUCUCCGUGGUAUCAACCUGUCUGACGAUGAUGGUGUUGUGACUUUCGACACCGUAUUUCCUGGACACUAUACUGGUCGCACAACCCACAUUCACGUCUUGACUCAUGCUGGCGCUUCCUUGAACGCUAACAAAACCCUGGCUGGUGGCAAUAUCACCCAUGUUGGCCAGGUGUUCUUCGAUCAGGAUCUUAUCACGCUCGUCGAGGCCGAAGAGCCAUAUACCACGAACACGCAAGAGCUCACGACCAACGCCCAGGACUUUAUCCUUGCCGAGGAAGCUGAGGAGGUUGAUCCCAUGGUUGAAUAUGUUUUACUUGGAGAUAAUGUAUCCGACGGGAUUUUUGGAUGGAUUGCUUUCGGCAUUGACACAACUUCCUCAUACAAUGUCACUCCAGCUGUUUAUUAUACUAGUGAGGGUGGCGUCAAGAACCCUGACGGUGGUUUCGGAGGUCCGCCCUCGAACGGCACCGCUCCCUCUGGUUUUCCGCCUAUGAGCCCCCCACCGUCUUCUACGUCUGUCUAG